AUGCAAAUGGUGCGGGAGGAGCGAGACCUGUGGGACGUCAUGAACGGCGAGGUCAAGAUCGAGCACUGUACAAGUACUUUGGACCAAGCGACGUUCAAGCCAUAG